UCCUAUGGCUAUGCUAUGGGGGGGAUUAUUCCAAUCAUUGGAUUGGUGAGUCAGAGAGAGUAGUAAAACCGAGUCCUCUCUGUUCUCCCUCCAUCUCUAUUUAUUUUAUUCUUCUUGGUGGAAUUCUGUUUAAAAGACCAAUUUCAAUAUGGCGCUAAUGUUGUAUCCAAUCAAUACUAAUAAUAAUAAUAAUAAUAAUGAUAAUAAUAAUAUUAAGAAUAGGAUAGUCGUCGUCCCCAACAACAGAAUCCUAAUUCAUCCUCCUCUGGGUUUUCCCUCUUUGUUCCAAAGAAAACCCCCCAUCCAUUCCCAUAAAUUCAAACUUGUUUAUCACUAUCACAAUCCUAAUCCCAAUACCAAUUUAAGUUCCAUACAUAAUCAUCGAAUAAUCCCCACCGUCUCUGCCAUAACUUCCUCAGCAUCAGCAUCAGCAUCAGCAUCAGCAUCAGAUGUCAUUGAAAUUGAUGGGGACAACACCACCACCACCACCACCACCACCGCCACCGCCACAACCACCGUAUCCUCCAAAGAGUGGCUGGAAUUUGCGACAAAUGUGUCAGGAGAAUGGGAUGGAUAUGGAGCUGAUUUUUCCAGCCGAGGGAAUCCAAUUGAACUUCCAGAAUCAGUUGUCCCCGAAGCUUACAGAGAGUGGGAGGUCAAGGUGUUUGAUUGGCAGACUCAGUGCCCCACCCUUGCAAAGCCAGAAGAUUCCAUUUUUUUCUACAAAUCAAUAAAGCUACUUCCCACUGUUGGAUGUGAAGCUGAUGCUGCAACACAGUACAGCAUUGAUGAGAGGAAUAUAGGAGGUACAGAUGACUCUGCCUUUGCCUUUGCAUAUCAAUCCAGUGGAUGUUAUGCAGCAGUUUGGCUGAUGGAGGACCAUGCCACAUACAGAUUAUUAGAGUUAGAGCAUUGCUUGAUUGAUCCUCGAAAUCGGGAGUCACGUGUGCGGAUUAUUCAGGUUGUCCGUGUUGAAAAGAGCAAGUUCAUGUUACAGAACAUCAAGGUCUUUUGUGAGCAGUGGUACGGGCCAUUCAGAAACGGGGAGCAGCUAGGUGGAUGUGCCAUCCGUGAUUCUGCAUUUGCUUCCACGGAUGCCUUGAAAAGUUCAGAAGUUACUGGUGUUUGGCAGGGCCUUCAUGCUGUUGCCUGCUUCCAAAAUUCUCAGACCAAUGUGCUGCAAGAACUUUUAGAUGACAGUGUGCAAAAGUCAGUGAGAGAUGACCAAAAUCUGGUAUUGCUUCCAAAGCAGUUGUGGAGUUCACUGAAGGAAAGAGAAGAUGGACAAACUUGCUGUGAGGUGGGAUGGCUAUUAGAUCAGGGGCAAGUUAUCACAUCAAAAUGCAUCUUUUCACCUGAUGCAGGGUUAAAGGAAAUUGCAGUAGCACGCGAAACUGCAGGUAUGGCACAGUAGCACGUGAAUCAGCAGGAUUUGGACAUCUUAUUUAUGCGGAUUGAUCGCCAUUCCCACCAGCAUAAAGCAUUUGCUUACAAGUAUAGAAAGGAAAUAGAACCGUUACCCUGGCAUGCCAACAACAAUUUAAUUCUGAUUCAACUACAAGAAAAUAGUUGUGAUACAAAAAACGUAAUAUCAUGGUUUGAGUAACUAUGUACAACAUAUUACACAUGUUAGAUUAGGCUACAGCUUUGUUGUUCCCAACAAAAUGUGAUGUUGGUAUGGAAGAGCACCUUCUACACAAAUUUGCUGCCAGGAAUAUGCAUUCUAUCUUCUCAAAUGCCUGCAGGUAUUUGUUUACUUCACUUAUUGCAGUUCCAAUGCAAACAUGUAUUUUUGGUUGUUUUUUCGUUGUUUGUUUUAAAGGGUGUAUCUUUAUAUGUUUGUCCAAACCUUGAAAUCCGAACCAUCUCACAUCCUCAUUUCCACAUUGUCUCAGUAGAUGUUUUGGUUUUAUAUUUACUGCCCAUUUGAUGGGAAUACUUGUUAAUGAUAA